CACACAAACCAUAAUACCCACCCACUUUCCUUUAUGUAUAUAAAUACUCGUCUAAUCAUUCAUCACCAACCAUUUUUUAUAUUUCCAUUAUCACUUUCCGGUGACACAAGAAUCGUAGAUCGGAAUAUAGUAUGGCAUCAACGUCUCCAUCAGCGUCAUACUGGUGUUACCAAUGCACCAGAUUCAUCACCGUCUGGCCGGAAAACAGCCUAAUUUGCCCAUACUGUGAUGGCGGAUUUAUCGAGGCGGUAGAGGCGAUGGCUUUCUCGCCGGACCCUCGCCAACGAUUUGAUUCUCCUCGGAACUCAGCUGGUACGGGGUAUCGUCUCCGACGUCGCCGUCGUGAUAGAUCUCCGUUUAAUCCUGUUAUUGUUCUCCGCAGCCCGUCGGUAAACCAAGCCGGUAAUGAAGAGGAGGGAGGAGGAGGAGAGAGGAGCUAUGAGUUGUACUACGACGACGGUGUUGGAUCUGGGCUCCGGCCUUUACCGUCGACCAUGUCGGAGUUCUUGAUGGGAUCCGGAUUUGAUCGACUUCUCGACCAGCUCUCACAGAUCGAAAUCACUGCCUGGGGGGGCCGACAUGAGAACCCUCCGGCGUCCAAAUCAUUCAUCGAAUCAAUGCCAAGAAUAAACAUAGCUUCAAGCCAUGUGAACUCCGAUUCACACUGCGCCGUUUGUAAGGAAGCCUUCGCGCUCGGAUCCGAAGCUCUUGAAAUGCCUUGCAAACAUAUUUAUCAUUCUGAUUGUAUCAUUCCCUGGCUCUCCUUGCGCAACUCCUGCCCAGUUUGCCGCCAUGAAUUACCUAGCGAGACCAUCUCCGAAAAUCCCGGUCAACCGGGCAACGACGAGAGUGUUGGGCUGACGAUAUGGAGGUUGCCCGGCGGAGGUUUUGCCGUCGGGAGGUUUAUGGGCGAAUCUAGAGGCGGCAAUGGCACAUCCGGGAAUGGGCAAGGAACUAUGCCGGGGGUUUAUACAGAAAUUGACGGUGGGUUUAACAAUGAUGACGGCAUGCCCCGUAGAAUUGAGUGGGGUGUAACGAGGAGAGGGAGGAGAGAACGCGGUAGAAUCAGUCGACUUUUUGCUAAUUUCUCUUCGGUUUUUAGGAGAUUUAGAUCGGAUUCUUCCUCCUCAGGUGGAGUUCGGGUUAGCCGGAGCUGGAGCUUGUCGGGUUCGGGUUCUUCGGCGUUUAGUAGGUAUGUGUUGAGGAGGAAUAGUAACAGAAAUUGGGUCGCCGGAGAGGACGAGAAUGGUGUGGCAAGAUGGUAAAUUAAUUAUCGUUUGUCAAUUUUAUAUAGAAAUAAUUGUAGAAAUAUGACGUCAUUUCCAAUUUAUUCUUUUUUGGUUAGUAAUUUCAAUUCAUUGUAUUUGUAUGUAUAGGAAGGUACGCUCUCGAGCUGAGAGUUAAUUUUAAUUUAUAAUUUUUAAUUCAUCUCGAAGGAGGACAUAAUUGUCAUUUAAUAUGAUUAUUUAUCUUUGGAAUCUUUU